GCGCUGUACAGACGCACCUUACGCCAACUUGGCUUGUCCCAGUCUCCACGCCCACACGUCAUCAAGAGCGCCUGCUUCUUCAUUUUUGAUGUUGUCGUUUCGUUUGUCGGAUGACCACAGACGCAAGGAGACUGUUUAUUUCUCUUUUCUUUGACUUCAUCUUCGGGAGCAUUUGAUUCGGGCUUUCGGGCUGUACCAGCCGAUCAGGACGCCCCCUUCCCCGGUCACGUUUCCUCCCUUUCCCCGCCGGCGACCGCUUGGUUCACGUGUCGGCGGUUACGUUUCCACGUAUGAUCUCCAGAGGUCUGGGCGUGAAUUGUGUUGGAAUGCCGCAGGAUCUGACCUUUUAAUCAGAGGAGGCAAACCAUCCAGGCCCCAAAAGCUCACACUUUCUGAAAACCUGCUGCGCUACGAUGCCUUUGAGGCUAAAAUGUCUACAAUGAAGCAUGAUGUGAUGAAAGACAAAGACCAGAAUGUUGAAAAGAAGAUGGACUGGAGUUACAUUGAAUGGGUGGAAAAUGAAGUGGUCGCCACAGGUGUGGUCAAUGCAGAGACACAAACGGAUCGGGAGCCUUUUGAGCACAAGGAGUGUCAAACCAGCAGUCCAGUGUUGAUGCACAUGGCUCUCACACGGACACACUCCAAGCUGAGGCAUCCACCUUUGCUUGAUCGUGAUGGCAUGGUCACACCUUUCUUCCAGUUCGAUCGGCAGGCUCCCGGCCGCAUCUCCACCUCUCCGACCUUGAGGAGGAUGAGGAGCACCCGGCGUCCCGUGUUGGACCCCCAGGAUCCUGCAAGGAUGGGGAGUACCCAGGAGGAGCCCUCCACGGCAUGCCUAUCAUCACCUUUACACAGAGUAAAGUCUCCCCUCGCCGCUGGUGGCCAGAUCUGUCAUGAGCAUCCACCAAUUUCAUCCUGUGGCCGACAGAGAACCAGAUCACAUAGAUCAAAGACCUUUGACAAUGGUAUCGCUUCCAUGAAGCCACAAUGUCACAGUGCUCAUCCUACUGUUAUGAAAGGUUUUGGAUUUCCCGAUAGUGAAUUACAGGAGAAGGAGCAACACCCGAAUAGGCUGGAGGAAAGGAGGCGGAGCUCCGUUGUGGUCAGUUUACCUGGCUUGGAUGUUUCACCCGGAGAUCUGUUUGUAUCCAAUGGCGCAGCUGACGUACUAAGCAACUUUUCUGACACAAAGAAGUCAAAGUGGCCUUUUUCAAGGCGAAGCACAACAAAAGGGAAGUCCCAAACAUGCAUGUCGGUGUCGGAUAUUGAAGGAUAUCUCUCAACAGUCCAAAUCCAGGACUGGCGGAACUGUGACCUUCAGAAAUAUAAGGACUACUCCGUAGCAGAGUUCCUGCAGGACCAGUCGUCCCAGUGGAGCGCCACUCCUGACCCUCUGGGCUUUAAAAGACAAGAGGCCAUCUGGGAGCUGUUCACCAGCGAGUGUGUUUACUUCCUGGAUCAGCUCAUGGUUCUCAAAGAGGUGUUUUUGGCGACACUCACGAACCUUCAGAUGAGAACCUGCCUGGCUGACAUUGACGCCUGGAGGCUGUUUGCGAACCUCAGUGAGCUUUGCCUGGUGAGCUUUGGUUUCCUUAACAACUUGCUGCGCGUCAUCAAGGACUCGUUAGACAUCGCCGAUGGUAACCGAGCCCCUCUGCUGGAGCUCUUGAGCAACGCUUUCCGGCAGAGCAUAUGCCACUGCUUGCAGAAGUACUGCCUCAACUACUCCACAGCUUUGCUUUAUCUGGACAGCCUCAAGCCCAGAGAGGACUUUGGGUCUUACGUCAAGUGGUGCGAGGGCAACAACCAAUGCCGCAGGUUGCAACUGCGCGACCUGCUGGUGGCGCCGUUGCAGAGGUUAACCCGCUACCCGCUGCUCCUACGGAACAUCGCCAGGAGGUUCCGCACGGAGGAGGAAAGCAAGGAUGCGCAGGCGAUAGCGGAGCAAGUGGACAUGUCUAUCUGUGACCUGGAGGGAAAGGUGAAAUGGUUGGACAACUACCAGAAGGUCAAACAGCUGAGAGACGCGCUGGUGUGGCAGCCUGUGUGGGAGCGGGACAAGCGGGCCUUCAUCCCCGAGACCGUGAAGCAUCUGCUGAAGCCCAUGGCACUGGAGAAUCUCAUUUCUCACAGAUGUCUGCUGCACAAAGGCAAACUGGUGCUCAUAGAAAAUGCCAAGCUCAUCGACAUCUACGUGUUCCUCUUUGACGAAUUCCUGCUCAUCACCAAGAUAAAGAGAAACAAGAAGAGGUCCAUCGGACCGGAAGCCAACUCCCUGCGCUUGGCGCAGAACCCAGAGCUGGAUCAGCUGCUAAAAGAAGGAUGCACCUUCACGGUUCUCGACCAACCCGUCUCUUUGGACAGACUCCAGCUCAGGAACAUCGAUCAGUUCAAUGCCUCAACGUCAGGACUGCCUCAUUCUUUUAUAAUCACGCACCAGAACCGCUACCAGCAGUGCAUUGGUGCGUUUGUCCUGCAGGCUGCAUCAGAGGCUUCCAAGAGAGCGUGGCUGUCAAAGAUCGAGGAGGCUGUGUCGGCCCUGCUGAAGCUGGACUCUCAGCAUGUGCGAGUGAAGAACGCCUCACUGUGGUUGGAGUCAUCCCAGAUCUGAAACACCCCACUGCACUAGAUGCUGUCGCACACGCUCCGUUGUCCACGUACUCGUCAGUGUCAUCAAGGUCUGCACUAGCAUAUCCGGUACUGUUCAGUGAACUGCUGCAGUAAUGUACCAUUAAAACUUUGGUCAUGUAGUACAACUUGUUACCUUGUUUGUCUUCUUACACUAGGUAUAGGAGUAUCACAUUGGGUGUUCAUGUGAAUUUGCUUACUUUUAUUCAGAUUUACAACAGUGACUAUCGAAUGUUGACUGGACUGGUCCAAUCCCUGGCAAAAAAAAAAAAAAAAAAAGAAAUUGGUUGUUGAAUUUUGUAGAGAA